AUGGAACCAAUGAAUUUUUUCCCAGGAACAAGCGAUAUGACGGUUACAGAUGUUUUACCAGCACAUGUUGAUGUAUGCCCCCAGAAUGUCGAAAAGUCCAUUGUGAGUUGUCAAAUCGGUAAUGUGCUUUACAGUAGCAAGUUAAAGUCUCCUUUGAGGGAUUCUAAUUAUGCUACUAUAAUUUACAACAAACGAACAAAAAGCGUUGAAGUUAUUCACAAAAAGCCGGAGUUCCUUGAGCCUUGUUUUGAUGAUGACGUAAUUGAAGUCCCAAAUUCAGUGAAAGCUGAUAGAGCUACUCUCAUCAAUGCAUUCGGUUCUGUCAAGAAGCAACGUGCUUUACGUGAAAUGGAAAGAAAUCAAACUCAAAAGAAUUCAGUGACCAAUGCUCAGGUGAUCGAUCGAGCUAUGCAUGGCCAAACCAAAUUAAAAUAUGAUAACGAAACCAACUUGAAUAAUCCUAACAACGAAAUGGAUUGUUCUAACUCUCAAACUGAUGAACGUCUCCGCCUUCUUCCACCAAUAGUCUUGAAAGCUUCUUGUCCUGCGGAUGUUUAUCCUUAUGAAAAAUUAGUUCCUCCUAGAAUUUCAGAAGCUUUAAAUUCGGAGGUACAACGUAUUAUAUCUGUUGAUGUCAAUUCAGUUGAUACUCUAAUAAAUAGAAGUAUCUAUCCGCAGUGGAUAAGGAAUAAGCUGUAUAACUUGUGUACAACUAAGUCUGAAGGUUAUGUAAAACAUGUUACCGGUUUGGUGUUUCUCAGUCACAUGUUUGCUUUGUUUCAUUUGCCUAACCGAGAUCUGAUGCGCAAAGUUCCACUCCCAGAUACACCAAAUAUUGUUAACAAAUAUCUUCUUACUCAGUUUACAGCAUCAGUUAGUCGGAAUGGUAUGGGACGUCUAAAAGUACGCGCAAUGUCACCGAUGCUUCGUGAUAAAUUGAUUACGCACAUGUUAGUCCUGAUACUUCAUUGUGACAAUUUUAAGACGAUGGUUGAUAGUUUAACUGUAGACUUCAAAAUUGGACGUGAAAGAUUAACUCAAUUUUUCCAAUAUUUGGGAUGUAAAUGUUCAAAAGUUGAAAAUACUCAAAACAAAUCUGAAUUGAACAUGGUAGCUGAACUGGUGACGCCCGUAAGAUUACCGGAUCUCAAGUCAAACAGAGCACCACAUUGA